UCUCGCGUUUCCUUCUCCUUUCUGCUCCAUAGAGAGAGAUAUAGAAGGAUCUGCCGUCCGGCGGAUGGCGGCGCCGCCGGCGGGCCUUGUCGAUGUGUUCCGGACGGGAUGGGACUCAUGGGAGGAACCGCAGCAGCAGGAGGAAAAGCAGGGCGCCGCCUGCAAGAGGAGGAAGGCCGCCGCCGACGUCACCAUGGACCUCGCCAUCCUCGACUGCCCCGUCUGCUGCCACCCCCUGCGCUCUCCCAUCUUCCAGUGCACUGUGGGGCAUACCAUAUGUUCAUCUUGCCAUGACAAGCUUCCCGAGAAGUGCCACUUCUGCUCCCUUCCCACAGUCUACAGUCGCUGCCACAUGGUAGAAAAUGUAGUUGAAUCCAUCAAAGUUGCUUGCUCCAAUGUCAAUCAUGGAUGCACCGCAAGGAUGACCUACUACCUGAAAGAAGAACACGAGAAAGGUUGCCCACAUGCACCAUGUUUCUGCCCUGAAACUAGCUGCGGCUUCAGCGGAUCAACCGCGAGGCUCCUGGAGCAUUUUUUAGGCAAGCACAAGUGGCACUCACCAAAAGUUACAUACAACAAGGCGUUCCAGAUCCGCGUCCAUCUGGGAUCAACCGUUCUGGUGGGCGAGGAUGGCCACCUCUUCCUGGUCAACAUGACACUGGAGCCUCUCGGUGGUGUCAUCUCAGUUUGCUGCGUCCAGCCUCACUUUACUGGAUCCAAAUUCAAGUGCAGGCUGGCAUUGUCGUGCACUGAACCAAGCUACUGUCAGGCUAUGGAAUUCUUAACGAGGAGCACUAAUCUGUAUGAUGGGUUUCCCAAAGAUUGCUUCCCGUUCCUUGUGCCGAAGAUGUUGCUUCGGGGCACCGGUGCAAGCACCACAGCCAUGGUGGGGGUGACCGUGACACCACAAUAGGCCCCUUGUGCAUGUGGUGGUGCGCCUGUGUAUGAUUGGGUUUGGCAAAUGACUACUUCUGAAAAUCCUAGUUAGCUGUAGCUCUCAGUUUCUGGAGGAGGCAUUGGUGUUCUUUUAAUAUUGUUUGGAUAUUUCAUCUGAUUGUUUGUGGAUCUGCAGAAGACGUCUGGCUGCUCCGAGGUAAGCCAGGCCGACCACCACUCUGUCCUUGCGCCACAUAGGCCUCAAGGUUUGAUCACUACAUAUGAAUUUUGUAGCCAUUAGUAGUUACUUCCAUUUGUUUCAUCAAGGACAACAGAAGGGCGUACAAAAGAACAGAAGGUUGUGUCCACCCGGUGUUACUGCCAAAACUAGCUUGCAGUCCUGUUACUCAUGUACAUUUGUAGUCCAUAGUAGAAGAAACUGUACAUUUUCUCGGUUUUUCGGUUCGUGUGUUGAUGCCAAUUAUUACUGGAGCUUCUGUAAUGGGAAAUAGGUGUGAUGAGUUUCUGCGAGUCGCAUUUGAAUGCCAUUGUGGUGAUUGGAGAUGAUUCUUUCGAAUGG